AAAAUAGCCGUAAACCAUGUAGCUAUGGUCGCUAGCUACCGGGAGAGGCUAGGCUAGCUAAACGGUUAAGGAAGAUUGUGUCGAAGAUUUUCUUUAAAUCACCCUGAUUCACAGAGGUUCUUGAAAAUGACAUACAGGAGAGACAGGAGUAUACGAGAGGUUUAUGAUGAACGCUUUAUAACAGAGAGACCGGGUCCAUACCCACGAGCAGCUGGCGCAGUGGAGAGGAGGGGCCCCUUUGGCAGGCCGGAAGAGGACUACGGCCGCGGCGGCUACGAAUAUGAAGGAGGUCCACGCUUUUUCCCAAAUGGAGGAGGUCCAACACGAAAUUAUCAUGAAGAUCAGAGGGGCUACCACGGUGACAACAUUCAUUUCCCUGCUGAACGCAGAGCUGUCCCACCUUCAAGAAGGGAGGACUAUCCUUACAGAGGACCCAGGGAAGACCCACACACAGGAAGGCCUUUGGAGUUUAGCGCCCGUGCUCCACCACCUCCUCAUAACGUGCGAAAUCAAGGCAUCUAUCCAGCACCCAGAUCCCUCCCAGAGAGCGGGGAAGACACACUAGUGCAAGCCAUCCUCAACCUGGACAGAGGGGAGGACAGAGACCACUUCAGGAGAAAGGCAGCCCCAUUCCCUCCACUCAGAGAGCGCUCUCCUGUGCGCCGAGAGGUGGCUCGCUCGCCUCACAGUCGCUCUGGCUCCAGCGUCAGCAGCAGAGGCUACUCACCGGACAGAGCCAAAAGCCUGCCGUUCCCCUCACAGCAAGGCAAGAGUGUGGACGGUCCAGAGGGUCACACAGGUGUUUCUGAACACCUUUGGGGGGCGCUCUUUCCUCAACAGAGUGGACAUGAAACUUUGGGGUAUGAAGAGACUUAUUCUCAGAGCAGGAUGACUGACAAAAUUCCUGGCCUGUCAAGAGAAGGCUCCCCACACAGCGCAACCUCAAACAAGGAGGAAAAUCCUCUUUCAGAAGGAGUCAAAGAGGAGCCACUGGCAGCUCUAAUCGUGGAGGAGAGCCAAAAGUCGUCCCCAGACAACUUUCAAGAGCGACGAGCCCUGGCCAUCGCUGCCAAAGCUCAGGAGAUAGAAAAGGUGUACCGGCAGGACUGUGAGACGUUCGGCAUGGUGGUAAAGAUGCUUGUGGCUAAAGACCCCAACCUGGAGAAGCAGCUGCAGGUUCCCCUGAGGGAGAACCUCGGGGAGAUCCGCGAACGUUGCCUGGAGGACCUCAAACACUUCAUCAACGAGCUGGACGAAGUUGCCCGGCAGCCAGAACCUUCCGUCUGUGACUCGACCACCCCGUCAAUGGCCCUGACGGGUCAUAAACUUUCAAAGACGGGAGUCAAUCAUAGCUCAUCGUACUGACACAUGAGCCAUUUGCUCUAAGUGAGACUGAGUGUGGUAGGAUUGACUGCUGAACGUGAUGGAUAUCUCGGAUACAUUUUGGAUUGCUGGACUUGAACCGAUUCUACAGCACAGCAGCCUGAAGCCAGCACGGAGAGGAUGCAGUGUUGCAUUGUUGAACAGUGUUAGUUAUGAAUGGACAUUUUUUUUACCCUCAAGUUCUCUGUUUAAAGAUGUCAAUUCUUAAAUAUUAAGUUGUUUUUCUGUAAAGUUUUGGCAAAAAAAGAUUUAUUUAAAGUCUCACAUCACAGUUGAAAUGUUUAACAUGGGUUUCAUUGUUAAAAAUAUGUUGCUGGGAACAGAUGUCAAUGUCCCGCAACAUGAUCCAGCUUUUCCAAAAGAAAAGCCAGAUAAAGACUGGUUUAUGUAGUAUUUUCAGUUAUGUCAAUGUUUAUUUUGUAGCAGUCUGAUGUAUGAAUGGGUGCUGCUAAAUUUACAGUUCUGCAUUCUUGUAUAAAUUUGUACUGUCUUGAAA